AUGGACAGAAAAGUCUCGUCAUCAAUUUUCGAUACCAUCUCGGGAGUGAAUGCCGAUAUGGAUGAUUUGUUAGAAGAAGAAGAUGCAAAUGAUCAAGCACUGGCAACCAAAACAUGGCGUGAUGAUUUUUUCUUACGAAAUCGGCCCUUGAUGAAUGAAGAAAUUGCUCUCGAGUACUUUUGCAAUCGAACCAAUCCCUUCUACUCAAAAAAAAGUACUGAAGGUAUCCGAUAUUCAAUUGAUUCAAAACGAUCCAAAUCACCCACACUCUAUAUUGUAAAAAAAGAAAAAGUGGAAAAGAAAGAUAAGAAUAAUCCUAAAUUAUUGAAUUUGUAUUAUAUUGCAGCAGGAAUUGUAUAUCAGUCUCCGUCUAUUUAUGAUGUUAUUCAAGCAAGGUCAUUUAAUGCUCUCAAUUUAUUGAAUCAAACUUUUAAAGAAAUUCAACCCUUUGUGGAAUACUCAGCUGAUGAUACAACCAAUCUAAAGAGCCCUGCACAACCUGAGGAUCAAAAUAUAGAGGAUGAAAUUUAUGUUGCUUCAAUUCCUCCAUAUUCAAUGCAAAUGCAAAAUCACGUCUCAAAAUUAAUUGACAUGAUUGAUAUGCAAACAAAUGCUCUCAUACAAGAAAAGCAAAACAGGAUACAACAACAGCAACAACAAUUCAUGGCCAAUAUGCCAACCUCCGGAGGUAAUGAAAUGAUGAUGGCUCCCAAUUUACAGUAA